AUGUCUAGCUCUAGCUCACCACCCGUUCGGGUUGCGGUUGAAGGCUGUGGACAUGGCUGUCUACACGAUAUUUACGCGUCUGUUGAACAGGCUGCCACUCUGAAUGGAUGGGAUGGAGUCGAUCUACUGAUUAUAGGUGGCGACUUUCAGGCUGUUCGCAAUUCGAACGACAUGGCUUGCAUGUCAGUUCCCGCGAAAUACAAGGAAAUCGGUGACUUUCAUGAGUAUUACAGCGGGAAACGAACUGCACCUUACUUGACUAUCUUCAUUGGCGGCAACCACGAAGCUAGUAAUCACCUCUUUGAGCUGUAUCAUGGAGGAUGGGUAGCACCCAACAUCUACUACUUGGGAGCCGCCAACGUUCUGCGAUUUGGCCCGCUUCGUAUUGCUGGAUUCUCCGGUAUUUGGAAAGGUUAUGACUACAGAAAACCCCAUUUCGAGAGACUUCCGUUUAACCGGGAUGAAAUUGGAAGCAUUUAUCACGUUCGAGAACUGGACAUCCGCAAGUUGCUUCAAGUUCGUACACAGGUCGACAUAGGCUUGUCGCACGACUGGCCCAAGCAAGUUGAGUACUCUGGCGAUUGGCACCAGCUAUUCGGGGCGAAACCAUUUUUUCGCGAGGAUUCUCAGAACGGCAGACUUGGUAGUUCGGCUGCACAAUACGUUCUCGAACGGUUACGCCCGGCCUAUUGGUUUUCUGCCCACUUGCACGUCAAGUUUGCAGCGUCUGUCCAGCAUGAAUCGCAAGAAAAUGUGUCGAAACACCACUAUGGGCUGGACGGUGCCUCUUUCACGUCCAUGGUUUUGGGCGAAGAAGAGGAAGGAAACCAACAAGCCAGGAUCAACCUGGGUACUCCCAAACCAGGCACUCAUGCACCUCCACAAAACGAACGUAAUGUCGGACAGCACGGGAAAUCUGAAUAUCCUACACAAUCAACGGAUGCAACUAAGCCAAUAACUGCUUCACAAGGCUUUGGGGCAACAGACACUGGUCCAUCUCAUAACACUGCUGGAAACACUCCUGAGCUAAUAUCGGCCUGGAAGAAUUUUCACCAAGUCGCAGCCAAGCAUGAGGCAGAAGAGAACUCUCGCUUUCUGACAGAGCAAGCAAAUAAUCCAGGAAGUUCGGUUCCUAACGUCCAACACAACCUAACCUGGCGCAAGGUUGAUACGGACGACGAUGGAAUAGGCCGUAAACUAGCAGGUGUUGAAAAGAGCGGACCCCGCGAGAAUAAGAAGCAGAAGGUUCAGCAUGAACCCGAGACAGUCAAGAACUCCGACGAGAUCGAUUUGGACUUGGAUAGCGAGUCGGACCAGGAAGCACAGACCACAACCGCAAACCCUCCUACGCCCAACAUCACUGCGGAAAAUACGACCAGCAACCCAGAAUUAGUUCACCCCCCUCCUCCUUCGCAAGAGCCCCAGUCAGAAGUUUCUGAGGAUCUCCGAAAGCAGCUUCCAAGCAGCUUCCUGGCUCCACAGGCACCACCUCAAGCCACACCAGUCAAACCUCCCUUUCCCGAAGCAAUCUUCAACAAAACCACCAAUUUCCUAGCGCUUGACAAAUGCCUUCCCAAGCGUGAAUUCCUUCAACUUGUAGAGAUCAGUUCCGUGUCCGACGAGGAUGGAGCGCAGCUGCAACGCCCGUUCAGUCUACAUUACGAUAAAGAAUGGUUAGCUAUCACCCGCGUCUUCGCGGGCGACCUUAAUCUUGGCGAUCCGGCCGCCAAACCACCCCUAGAUAAGGGCGAAGCUACAUACAAGCCGCUCAUCGAGCAAGAAGAAAAGUGGGUUGAAGAACAUGUCGUCAAGCCCAGGAAGCUUGCAGUUCCUGAAAACUUUACUCCUACUGCGCCGGUCUAUGAUCCUGAAGUCCCAAUUACCACUGAGCAGCAACCACCCGAGUACAACAACCCGCAGACAGCCGCGUUCUGUGAGCUAAUAGGCAUAGAAAACAAAUUCUACCUGACCGAAGAGGAACGCGAUGCUCGUAUUGCCGCGGGUCCACGUCCUUGCGAUCCAUCGACUGGUCGCGGCCGUGGAGGCCGUGGGGGAUUCAGUGGCCGUGGUGGUGGUGGUGGCGGCGGCCGUGGACGUGGUUAUGGGCGCGGUUUUGGGCGUGGUGGUGGACGGCGCUGGUAA